UUAAAUUGACUUGUAUUGCCAUAGUCCUCUGAUCUUGAUGAGUUUUUCUUUCUAUUUGCAUGUCUAAAUCAAACUGCAAACUUGACUGAAAGGACAAGAAUUUUGGGAGUGCUUGAUUUUCUUGGUUCAUGUCAUUUUGGUCAUCAUUAGUAUAAAUUGUAUGUAUUAGUGCAAGCCAGAUAUAUACUACCAAAUCCACAAACUUUAAGGCAAUCCUAUAGUUUUAUGUCCUUCUCUCUAUUAUUUUUCAUUUCAUUCUUCUGAACAACUAUUUGGGAGUUGAAUAAAUGUCAGUCUUGUUGGGUAAUUUACCAAACUUUUAGAAAAAUUUUACAAGACAUAGUGGUGGUUCUUUUUGUUUUCCGACAAUAUCUAUUGGUAGCAGCUGGAGAAGGAACUUUCCAAGGUAGUGGUGUCUAAAAAAGUGAAGCUUUCAACAAUUGUAGAGAUGGCUUUGUCUCUCUGACUCUGCCAUGGUUUUGCUUAUUGUUUAAAUAUACUUUGUCUUUUGGAGAAUUAACAAAGCCUCACAACAUGAAGUUUAUGAAACUUGGAUCUAGGCCUGACACUUUCAUUACUACUGAGGCUGUAAGGUCAGUUAACUCUGAAGUUACUAGUGAUCUCAUAGUCCAAGUAAAGGGUAGCAGAUAUUUGCUUCACAAGUUUCCCCUGCUGUCUAAGUGCUCAAGGCUACAGAAAUUAUGCUCUGAAAGUCCAGAAACCUCACAGCACCAAAUAGUGCAGCUACCAGAUUUUCCUGGUGGAAUUGAAGCAUUUGAGCUAUGUGCAAAAUUCUGCUAUGGUAUCACUAUCACUAUCAGUGCCUACAACAUUGUUGCGGCGCGCUGUGCUGCAGAAUACCUGCAGAUGACAGAGGAUGUAGAGAAAGGAAAUUUAAUCUACAAACUUGAUGUAUUCUUCAAUUCUUGCAUACUUUCAGGUUGGAAAGACUCAAUUGUGACAUUGCAAAGUACCAAGUCUUUUCCUUUAUGGUCUGAGGACUUAGGAAUUACAAGCAGAUGUAUUGAAGCCAUUGCUUCAAAAGUCUUAGCUCAUCCAUCAAAGGUGAAUUUGUCAAGAAGCUACUCAAGAAGAGGUGAUAUUUCAUGCAAUGAUUCAGAAAGCACAAGGCAUAAUAAAACUUCAUCUAAAAGUUGGUGGGCUGAAGAAUUAGCAGAAUUAAGCAUAGACCUUUAUUGGAGAAGUAUGAUAGCUAUCAAAUCAGGUGGGAAAGUAGCUGCUAAUGUUAUCGGUGAUGCAUUGCGAAUUUAUGCAUCAAGAUGGCUACCAAACAUUUCAAAAUAUGCAAAUCCUAAGAAGCAGCUAGAAUAUGAUCAGAAAGACUCGGAUUCGAUUGGAAAAUACAGGCUGCUGUUGGAGUCAAUUAUAACAUUGUUACCAGCUGAAAAGGGGGCAGUUUCUUGUAGUUUCUUGUUGAAAUUGCUUAAAGCAGCUAACAUAUUGAAGGCUUCUUCUUCAUCCAAGAUGGAAUUGGCAAGAAGGAUUGGACUUCAAUUGGAAGAUGCCACUGUCAAUGAUCUGUUAAUACCUUGUCUGUCGCACACAUGUGACACAAUUUAUGAUGUUGACAUAGUUAUCACCAUAUUAGAACAGUUCAUGUUGCAAGGGCAAAGUCCCCCAACAAGUCCACUAAGAAGGAAAGGAGAUUUUGAGAGGAGAAGAUCUCGGUCCGCGGAGAAUAUUGACCUUGAGUUCCAAGAAAGUAGAAGAUCUUCAUCAGCAUCACAUAGCUCAAAACUCAAGGUAGCUAAGCUUGUGGAUAGAUAUCUUCAAGAAAUUUCCAGUGACUCAAAUUUGCCAUUGUCAAAAUUCAUUUCCAUUGCUGAAGCAAUUCCAGAGUUUGCUAGGCUUGACCAUGAUGAUCUUUACAGAGCCAUUGACAUCUAUCUCAAGGGGCAUCCGGAGCUGAACAAGAGUGAAAGAAAGAGGCUGUGCAGAAUGUUGGACUGCAAGAAACUAUCAAUGGAAGUUUGUAUGCAUGCAGCACAAAAUGAAUUACUUCCACUAAGGGUAGUUGUUCAAGUUCUAUUUUUCGAGCAAGCUCGAGCAGCCAUGUCCGGUGGCCAUGUAACGGAAUUGCCUAGCAACAUCAAGGCACUUCUAGAGGACACAGCCAAGACUUCAGCAACAUUUAACAAGACACCAGUUGAUGACCAGUGGACUACUGCCUCAGCCCUAAAAUCACCAAACUCCAACCUUUCAACUCUAAAAAUGAAGUUAGCUGAAGAUGAUGAUGAUUUGGAUGAAAUUGGGAAAUCUUCAAGGAUUAAAGCUUUAUGUGUCAUUCCAAAUCGACCUAAAAGAAUGUUCAGUAAGUUAUGGUCAAAUAAUAGAUCAGCUGCAAGUCAAAAGAACUGAUAACAUAUACAUCCUCUGUUAUCCCUUUUAUGGCCUUAAAAAUAUUUAUUUUUCCUUUUUUAUGUUUUUUAGUUUUGCGAGAACAAUUUGUAGUCUUUAGAAAAUAGAGAAAUCUCUAUGUUAAGUAUUGCUGUAAACUGUAGCCUAAGCUAAUAAAAGUACAAAAUUUUUACAAUUAGAAGGGAAAAUAUGGGUUGGAUGGAAUCAAGAAAGGGUUUACUUAGAUGGAUUUUAAUGUACACAAUCCAUCAAUUUAUGAGCUACAAGUUAGAUAUAAA